AAAUUCUGAUUGAAACAGAUUGUAACUUGCUAGCUAGCACUCUCCGGACCGGGUUGUAAUGGCAACUGACUGGAUGGAACAUCAACAGCAACUUUUGUAAUUUAUUUGAAGGAAGUUUCAAUUAAGGAGGUUUUACACAAACCUUGAGGAAAUUAUUUCUAAUGUGAGAAACCAAGUUAUACAAUUUUCGGUCCGAAAAUGUCCCAGGGAUGUACAAUUUCUGUGGAAGAGAUCCAGUCUUGGUGGGAAGUACCCGCCAUAGCCCACUUCUGUUCGCUGUUCAGGACUGCAUUCAACCUACCAGACUUUGAAAUUGAGGAGCUGGAAGAGGCGCUACAGAAGCAGGACACAGACUUUCUGGCUGACCUCCUCGUCUCACUGCUGCAAGGAUGCUACCAGCGCACAGACAUCACUCCCCAGGCGUUCAGCAGUUAUCUGGACGACAUCAUCAACUACCGCUGGGAGCUGGAGGAGGGGAAGCCCAACCCCCUGCGCCAGGGGCCCUUUGAGGAGUUGACCCCGCGCACACAGGUGGAGCUGCUGCACAGGCUGUGUGACUACCGCCUGGACGCCGCAGACGUCUUCGACCUGCUCAAGGGCCUGGAUGCGGACAGCCUGCGCGUGGAGCCGCUGGGGCAAGAUGGGAGCGGUGCCCUCUACUGGUACUUCUAUGGUACCCGCAUGUACAAAGAGGAGCCGGUCAAGAGGAAAGCGGAGCAGCUCGGUGAAGCCCCUGAGAUCAAACCAACAGAGAAGAGGAAAAGGGGAAGACCACCAAAGAAGAAAGUGGAGGAGAUCCAGCUAAGUGAGGUGGAGAGCGAAGUGAAGAAGGAGAAUGGACUGGAAGGUCUACACUCAGGCACAGACCGGGAGCGCGGUGCCUGGUCCUUGGUGUGUGACACGGAGGAGCAGUGGGCCAGUCUGGCCGAGAGCAUCAGAGACAAAACGUCUCCCCAGGACCGCCACCUCUACCGCAUCAUCAGCCAGAACUUCCUCCCUGAGAUCAGCAGCAUGAUCGAGCACAAGGUGAAUGAGCAGAAGCAGAGGCUGCUGGAUCCCACCCCAGUAAGCAGCUCUUACCGGCUCUCUGAGAAACGCAUGAGCCAAGAGGAGGAGGACACGCUGCAGGCCAUAGCCAACAGGGAGCAGCAGAAACAGAGGGAUGAGGACAUGGACAGGCAGGCCCUGCUGAUGGAGCAGAGACGAGAAGAGGAGAUGCUGCUGCAGGAGGAGCGCCAGAGAGAGGAGCUGGAGAGACUCCAAGCUGUGGAGGAGCGAGCGCGGCGGCGGAAACUGCGUGAGGAGAAGGCCUGGUUGAUAUCCCAGGGGAAGGACCUGCCCCCCGAACUGCUGCACCUGGAGCCCCACUCACCCAUCCGACGCUCUCGCAGGACAAAAGAGUUCUAUGAAAUUGAUGAUGAUUAUACGGCGUUGUACAAAGUGUUGGAGGCCCUGAGAGCCCACAAAGAUGCCUGGCCCUUCUUGGAGCCUGUGGAUGAAUCCUAUGCCCCCAACUAUAAUGCGGUCAUUCAGACUCCGAUGGACCUGUCCACCAUCGAGACUAAGCUGAAUGAAGGGGAGUAUAUUGCCAAGGAAGAGUUUGUGUCUGACAUGAAGCUUAUGUUUGAAAACUGCAUCGAGUACAAUGGGGAAGACAGCGAGUACAGCAUCAUGGCAGAAUCCCUGGAGCGUUGUUUCAGCCGGGCGCUACUCAAACACUUCCCGUCGGAGGACGGCGACACGGACGAGGAGUUCCACGUGAGCGGCGAGGACCGUGAGAGAGAUCGCAAGGAGAAAAAGCGAAGCAAAGGCAACAAACAGGCAGGGCCAGAAAGCUUGAUCCGAGCCACCGAGCAGGCCUCACGCAAACGGACACAUCCAGGGGGCAAGGGCAGCACCCCAGUGGAGGAGGAGGGGAAUAAGCCAGCACAGCCACCCCCUCCCCGCCACUGGGCCAAUGGACCCCCACACCCCCAUGGCAUACCUCAUGGACAACCCCAUCCUGGGAACCUUUACUACACAGCACAGCAGCAGCUCCAGCGCCCCACUAAUCCCCACGGCCCACACAUGUACGGCCAGAGGAUGGACCCCGGCUACGCCUACCCUGGACAGGGACACAUGCCCCGGCCUGGGGACCCCAGUGCUCACCACAUGCCUCAACAUUACAACAUGCAGCCACACAUGGGGGAUGGACACCACGUUGGCCAUAGAUACCAAAUGGGGCCUGAUGGCCGGCCUCUUCAGCCACAGCACCACCGGCAGCAGCACCCCUACAUGGGUCCCACCCAUGGUCCCUCACUGGGCCCCCGUCCCGUGGCCCUCCAGUCUGGGGGCCUCUGCACCCCCAUGCCCGACAGCAGCAUGUACUUGUCCCGCCAGCGCACCAACGGCCACCCCCUACACCCCGGAGGGAACUGCUACCCCGGGCCUGACGUCCCACCACGACACAACUACCCAGCCUUCCAUCCAGGCAUGGGCAUGCCUCCUAACAUGUGGUCAGGGAUGAACCACCAAGGCCAGGAGAGGCCCAGCGGACCUGGGAAACAAGUGCAAAAUAUGGCUAACCACCAGCAGCUCUCUUAUAGCCACGGGGGUCCACGUCCCAUGGGCCCCAAACCCUGGCCAGAGCAGCCUGGGGGCCCUGGAGGGUACCCCUCUCAUCCUAAUGGCCAGUACAGGAUUUCCACUGGCAUCACCAGCUCCCCGGGACCCAUGGCCCUGCGGACCCCCAUGCCUCAUCAGGACUCCAGGCAGUGUCUGGCCUCCAUGCUGGAGAGCCCAGAGAUGAUUGCCCUGCAGCAGCUGUCUGCCUCCUCCACCGGACUCCCUGCUGGCUCCUCUCACCAGGACAUGGGCAACUUUCAGCAGCAGCCCCCACAGGGUGUUGGCAGCGCCCCAACUCACUCCUCGCCGUACCGCCCUCCCCCUGAAAUUCAGCUGCUGCGUCCUGCCAGAGACAAUGGCCCGGACAGCCAGACUGCCCAUCACGCAGAUUUGAAGCCCAAAGGGUCCACGUCAGAUCCCAAAACAUCCAACAACCAUGCAGGAGCUCGGGUAACCCCCGUCCCAUCUGAACAGGAACGCACCUCGUUCCCCAGUCCCACAGAGCCUCCCAGUCGCCCCACUCGGGGCAUGCAGAGCCCCUCUGUUCCAAACUGGGGCAGAUCACAGGAGAGGGUUAGCGGGACCCGGGAGCAGGCUGCGUCUGGGCUGGGACUCCCACAGAGCUCAGAGACAAACGACAACCAAGAGGGGGAGAGCAGAGGACAAUCUGUCAGCCAGACUCCCCCUCAUCAGAACAACCCUUCCAUUGUUCAUCCUCCUCACCCCCAGAAUGCAACUCACUCCCAGAAUGCUCCACAGCAUAUUACCCAGAGCCCCCCCCAGCAAAUCCUAGAGAAUGCCACUCGCCUUAAGAACGCCCAUCAACACAAUACCCAGAAUGCACAGCAACAAAACAUCCCUCAACAUAUCACUCGGAAUGCUCCACAGCAAGGAUCCGAAAACCCCCACCAACAAAACUCUCAGAACACACCUCCACAUGUGGCUCAGAAUGUCCCUCAACCAAUUUCCAUGCAUGGAAUGCCACAGAACACCCCCCAGGGGGCCCAGCCUGGCCCUGGUCCACCCCAGCCAGCACCUCUCACCUCCCUGCCCCCCAGCCACCCUGUGUCCCAGUUGCCUCCCCAGCCCAGCCCAGCCGACCAGGGUGACCAGAGGCCAAGCGAGCCCACUAGCAGGAGGGACUCUGGAGGCAGUUCUGGUAACUCCAGCAUGAUGAAGUCUGGACCUCCAAAUGGCAUCUAUAAACAACAGUCGUUCAGUCCCAAGGUACAACAGACACAGCCCGGUAACCAGGGGCCAAGGGGUCACAACCCAGCCAUGGCUCCCCACUCCCAGGGCCAGGACAAUGGAGCCAUGGGUCAAUAUGGCAUGGGCAGCCCAACACAUCUGCACUAUGGUCAACCUAUGGGCAAACCCAUGCCCCCUUCAAAUCAACAGCCUUACCCGAACCAAGCUGUUUCCCAGACCAUGAACCCCCACCAUAACCCUGCCGGCUACCCCACCUACCACCAGCAAGGAGCUUCCUAUCCAUACCACAUGGCCCAGCAGCAGKAUCCCCAGGGCCACCCUAACAUGUAUCCCCAGUACCAGCAGCAACACUUCUACCCCCAGCCCCAGGGCAACAGCCGGGGAGGCUACCCCUCCGAGGAGUGGCACAGGCAGCAGCAGUACCAGCCUCGCCACCCCAUGCCCUCCAACACCUACCUGCUUGCAACUAGUGCCAAUGUCAAUGGGUGCCUGAAGGAGGGCAGCAGCAUGGGCUCCCCCCUGGGCUCUGAGGGCUCCGGGGGCAGCCUGAUGUCCCCCAAUCCCCUGCCCGAGGGCCCCCGUGGAGGAUCUGUGGAGAAGGAGAGUAGGGAAGCCGGCAGCCCUGUGAAGCAACAGCCUGCUCGGGUGGAGGAGAGCUCAGAGCGGCCAGAGAGCCCCAAAGAGAUCCUGGACCUGGACAGCCACAACGCUGCCGCACGCCGCCGGAGUGCCCAGCCCCCACCUCACGUGGGCAACUUCCUGUACGAUUCCCGAGCAGUGCAUACUGGGAUGCAGCAGGGCGGGGCCCAGCCUCCCCACAUGUCUCAUGCUCCAUACCCCAACCAGCCAGGUUACCCCAGUGGACACUACGCCCCCCAGAGACCCCACCCCCACCUCAUGGAAGCCCUGCACCGGCCCCAGCACCUUCCCUUUCCCCCGGGGCAGACCCGCAUGGCGAUGUACAGACAUCCCCAGGCCGGAGGCCACUUCCAGGGCAUGAUGGUCCAGCAGAGAGGCCUGGCGCCCGAACACUUCCUUCACCCAGGGCAGCAGAUGAUGUCUCCGAGUGGUCCCAGCAGUAAACAGGGAGUUUGAGCAACUCUGUGGGCGCAGGGUAAAGGACAAAAGCAACAAACACCUGUACACAAAGCAGUGCCUGCAUAUCAUCCAUCCAUGACGAUUGCCUGUGUCUCCUGUCAUAAGCCUUUAAAAUGUGACUGUGCUGUUGGAACCAUGAUGUUCUCUGCUGUGGAGCGGCUCAAAAUGGAGUCUUGUCCGUUGUCUUUUCUCUGUCUGUGUCACGGAGCACCAGUAACUACUGCUCUCACUGCAUCAGACAGAAGAUAUGCAGUGUGUGCAGACAAGGGAAACAUAUUUAUUUGAGAAUCUCUUUAGGGAAUGAGUUCUUUGCCCCUCGGGGAUGUCUGUCUGCUUCAUGUGGAACCCUCACUGAGACAUGGCCCUGUCUGCCAGUGGACUUCCAGUUCAGACUGUGUGUACAGCUGGUCCCUUCCUGCAAGAACAUCUGGAGAUCCUCCUCUGUCUGCAGCCUCACACUGGUUGGACAAAGCUACUGGUCAUUGGGUUUUGUCUGGAGGAAGGCUCUUCCCCUGACUAUAGCUCUCCUAUGGACCUCCAGCCCCUUCGGUCCUAUCAGAACCUCUACAGAAGAGGAAAAAUGGAUCCGGUGAUGAGAAGAGAGGGCUGGUGUUAUUGUUUCUUUGGGUUUUUUUCCCCAAACGUUUUUAAACUCAGGUGUAGAAAAGGAGGAACUUUAAGACUGUAGAGAAGCCGUCAUCAGAACCCUGUCGACAGACAGGCCUUGCCGUUUCCUUUUUGUUGAAUGUAUGUGUGAAUGAUAGAUAUAGACCUGCAGAGAGCCUUCUCUGCUAUGCACUAGGGAUAGUCUACACAUACUGGAGUGGCCUUGGAAUUUUUACGUUGGUGCUUGUUUUAUAUAUAGUUGAAGUCGGAGGUUUACAUACACCUUAGCCAAAUACAUUUAAACUCAGUUUUUCACAAUUCCUGA